AAACUCAUAUCCUCUUAAAACUUAAAAGUAGAAUGAUUUUCGUUAAAAAAAUCAAAAAAUCAAUCCAGUGAGUAUCGUCUGUGCAAUCACAAACCCACUUACACUUUUCAUCUUUAUUCUGUCAUCCUCUUAAUCUCGAUCAAAUCCAAUUCUCUUUCAGAUCAAUCUUUCCUGUUUUUUGCCGUAGAUAUCGGCUGCUGCUAGGGAAAUUUAUAAUUUCCUCAAUCUUUCCAAUUUUUACAACCCUAAUCCAUGGCUUAUAUGUACCUACACCAUACGGUUCUCAGGGUUGAAGGUAUUUGCAUCCAUCUAUUUCAAUUUGAGUUUCCACUAUGGCGGGUAAUGGGAAAACUAAUAAGAGUCGGAUCCCAAACAAACGCCAAAGGACAACUCCAACUCCAAGGCAGGAGACCAAGAGAAAACUGCAACCCGCACACGUGAAUGACGUGAUUGAUAUAUCUUCCAGUGCCCAGGAACGUUUUAACAAACCUGAAGAAAUGAAAGACAAUAGUGGCGUCCACCAUUUGGUGAAGGAAAUGUCAGCCGUGAAAUCUUCCGUGGAAUAUCUGAUGCGUGUUGUUAACAAAUUGGCCAUGACUGUUUUCCAAGAUAGCCCACUGACAUCUGGUUAUCGAGAUUCUACUAUCAUUACACCACUAGAAGAACGGAAUUCCUAUUCUUUGCCGCUUCACACAAAUAAUAGCAAAAAACAUGCUGGAGGUACAAUAAUAGGGAGGAAGUUAUUUGAUCCCGAAUCUGAUGAGAUCAUAGAUUUGUACUCUACCCAUGAGCCAGUGUAUGGAAUAAAUAUCGGUUUAAAGGGUGGAGUAAAAAUUCCGGAGUGGUUCCCUGUCAUAUAUAGGCCUCCGGAAAACAUUAUUCUGAAUCAGGUUGAGGCUGCAGUAGGAGCUUAUAUUUAUGCGGAUAGCAACUAUACUGGAUUAAAGGGGAGUGAAGUUCUUGUUCGAACAACAGAUAAAAAGUUCAGCGUAGAUAGAAAAGGGCUUAAAACACUACAACCUAUGGCUUGGGUAGACCAAGAUGUACUAAAUGUAGUAGUGUCAAUGCUUACUAAACAAGAUAGGUGCUUGGGUGACAAAGAAUUACCGUGGUACUUACCCACAAUAUUUUCGCAAAUUUUACUGAUGAAUAAUGGAGAUAAAGAAAAAGCUGAUCUAAUCCUGGUACAAGGAUUCCCACAUGGGAAGAAUUGACAAAGUGGAAAAGAUUUUUAUUCCAAUUAAUGAUGAAGCUAAGCACUGGUACCUAGCUAUGAUUGACAUACCCAAACGUACGGUCUAUAUUCUGGACUCUCUCCCAUGUCCAUCAAGAGACAUUGCUAGGAAGAGAAAUGUCCAGAAAUUGGUUAUAAUUCUGGAUGAAAUGUUAUUAAGAGAUGAAUUUCAAAGCGAAUGUAAGAAAGAGUUGGGACUUUGUGAGUUUAAUUACAUCCGGCCAGACAAUGUUGGAAAACAAGCAAAUGACUCGAAUGACUGCGGCGUUUGGGUUGCUACCUGGAUGUUGAAUAAUCAAUGGAUGAAAGAUUGCAGGAUUAAGGUGACUAAAGAGACCAGAUUUAGGAUUGCAGUGGAGUUAGUCCUCCUGGAUCACAACGAAAUAAUUGAACAACUUAUGUCUUCAGCUCAUACAUUCUGGGACAAAUAUCAGAAAGAGAAUAGCAAUAAUAGGGGAAAACGGAACUAUUGACAAUUUUGAAUUUCUUUGAACUAUGCACAAAUUUGAAUUUGUUUGAACUAUGGAGAGUUUUGAAUGAGUUGAAUUUUCCUUGCUUUAUUUUGGACACUUCCAGUACAUGUUUGUAUGGACUUCUGUUUUUGAAUGGAUUUUAAACUAGUUAGUUAUUA